AGAGAAAGAGAAAGAGAAAGAGAAAGAGAAAGCGAAAGCGAAAGAAAAAGUUAAAAAGAUUUCGACCAAUUUACCAAUUUUAGAAAAUGAAGUGAAAAGUCCAAUUAGAACAGAAAUUAAUAGUGUUAUGAAUGAAAUACAAAAAUUUCGAACCAAUUUACAUGAACUCAGUAGAGUACAAGAAAUAAGGAAUGAGGAUGAAAAUAUAACAUCAUCAUCAACAACUCAAGAUGAAAUAAUGAUUCAAGCGGUACAAAAUCAAUUAUCAGUAGUAAGACAACAUAUUACAUCAAUAAUGGAUAAUUAUAAAUCGGAUGAAAAUUUAUUAACAGUUAUUAUGACAUAUAAUGAAGAAGUUAAUAUAGCAUUACAAGAGGCAUUACAAGAAGUACCAAAAUUAUAUCAAUCACAAUUAAAACCUCCACCUUCACCAUCAUCAUCAUCUUCUUUAUCAUCCCAAUUUAAUGAUUAUAUUUCAAUUAAUGAUCCUCAACAAAUUAUUGAAUCUCAAAGAAUACAAAUUCAAUUUCUUGAAAAAGCAAAUUUUAAUAAUGUUAUUCAAUUAAUUAAUGAUAUAGAAAGAUGUCAAUUAAGUUUGGAGAAUUUUAUUAAAUUCAAUG